UUUGUGUGGACCAUAAGAAGGAAAUUAAUAUCUUCUCCUCUAAAGUCUAAACCGUAGGCUCCAAAACCUUAAUCUUUCUCAUAAUAGAAACACAGAAAAACUAUGUCCUACACAAUUCUCAUACUUUAUUUCUUCCUAAAUCUUGCAACUUCAGACCAGAGCAUCCAUGGUGGAUUCAUGUUCGAUGGUUACUUCAAAUUGGCUGAAACCAGAACUGCAGAAAUGAACAAUUCCAAUAUGUCAUCUCAUGUGAUUUACACUGAUGGUGGCCUUAGUGAAGCAUCUCAAGUCUAUUAUAAAGUUCCUUUCCAAUUCAAGAACUCAACAACUAGUCCUGUCAUCUCUUUCUCUACUACUUUCAUCUUUGCAGUAGUAACCAAGGAUCCAGAAUUCAGUGGCCAUGGACUCGCCUUCGCGAUUUCCCCAUCAGAUGGUAUUCCUGAAGCCUUUCCAAAUCAGUAUCUUGGACUGUUCAAUGCAACCAAUAAUGGAAAAGGGUCAAAUCACAUUGUUGCUGUGGAGCUGGACACUGACCAAGAUUUUCAGUUUGAUGAUAUAGACAAUAAUCAUCUUGGGAUCGAUAUAAAUGGCUUGGUCUCUAUAAAAUCUGCUUCUGCAGGCUACUACACUAAUGAUCGAGGGCGUUUCAGGGAGCUAGAUAUCAAAAGUGGAACAGCAAUGCAGGUUUGGGUUGAAUAUAAUAGUAAGCAUCAACAAUUUAAUGUCACAAUUCAUCCAAUUAGCAUACCUAAACCUGAGCUGCCUCUUUUGUCCUUGACAAGAGAUCUUUCCCCAUAUUUUUUUGAGUUUAUGCAUGUUGGGUUCUCAUCCGCUAGUGGAUCAAAAUCAUCUCACUACAUACUGGGUUGGAGCUUCAAGAUUAAUGGUCAAGCUGAUGAGAUUAACCUGUCUCACCUUCCUGAUAUUCCUGGGAUCACAGUAGGAAAAGGUGAUGAUGAUGAUGAUGAUGAUGAUGAUGGAGGGUACUCAAAAUUGCAAAAGAUGUUGGUGGUUAUAUUGUCUUUAGUAGGAGGCAUGUUCCUUCUAAUCUUGAUUUUUGGUGCUCUUAUGAUAUCAAGAAGGAGAAAGUUCAUUCAAGUUCUUGAAGAUUGGGAAGUCUUAUAUGGUCCUUACAGGUUCACUUACAAGGACUUGUUCAUUGCUACAAAAGGCUUUAGAGACAAAGAACUUCUUGGAAAAGGAGGUUUUGGCAGAGUAUACAGAGGCACUCUAGCCUUUUCAAAUGUUCAAAUUGCAGUGAAAAGAAUUUCUCAUGAUUCUUCACAAGGAAUGAGAGAAUUCAUAGCAGAAAUCGCAACCAUCGGCCGUCUUAGGCAUCCAAACCUGGUUCGACUUCUUGGGUACUGCAGGAGAAGGAAUGAACUCUUCUUAAUUUAUGACUACAUGCCUAAUGGAAGCCUUGACAAGUUCCUUUAUCGCCUGCCCAACAGCACAUUAAACUGGAAACAGAGAUUCAAAAUCAUCAAAGAUGUAGCUUCUGCACUCUUUUACUUGCAUCAGCAAUGGGUUCAGGUGAUCAUCCAUAGAGACAUCAAGCCUGGCAAUGUACUUAUUGACCAUGACAUGAAUGCCAGAUUGGGAGAUUUCGGACUCGCCAAGUUAUGUGAUCACGGAAAUGAUCCGCAAACCUCACAUGUAGCAGGAACUCCAGGCUAUAUUGACCCAGAAAUUGUGCAGAGUGGAAAAUCAAAUACAUGCACUGAUAUAUAUGCAUUUGGAGUAUUUAUGCUUGAGGUUGCUUGUGGUAGAAAGCCAGUUGAACCCAGAACAUCUCCUGAUAAAGUAAUGCUGAUUGAAUGGGUGAUGAACUGUUGGGAAAAAGGAGCUAUUUUAGAGACAGCUGAUUUCAGGCUAGGAAAUGAGUAUGUGAUACAUGAAGUUGAAUUGGUGUUGAAACUUGGGUUGCUGUGUUCACACCCUGUAGCUGCAGCUAGACCAACCAUGUCAAGUGUAGUACAACUUUUAGAUGGAGCUGCUAGGUUGCCUGAUAACUUAUUUGCUAUAAUAAGAGCUAGAGAUUCCGGUGAUCGCUCCAGUCAAGUUGGUGUGACUCGUGAUUUUUUGUCUGACAAAAUUUCAGUAUCUUCUAUAACAUUUACAGAAUCAUUUAUUUCUGAUGGCCGUUAAUGUAAUUUAUAGAAUAUAUAGCUAUUUUAUGCCACUCUUCUGAAUAUAUAUUUCAUAUUUGUAUUUGAAA